AAAGCUUCAAGCUCAGAUAUGGCUUUCCACCAAAGAUCCAUAAGUUUGCCUUCUAGGCCUCAUGUCAGUGAGACCCAAGUUGAGCAAGAGCUCCACAGCCUAGAAGCAAGCAUCUCUUCCUCCAAUUCCAUCAGCAUGAUGUGCGAUGGUCUCAGGAGUCUUGCAAGCAUCUAUGAUGGUCUUGAAGAGAUUGUUUGCCUACCAAGCCACCAAGUUUUCUCCUCCCAGCAGAGGAACAUGUUGGAUGGAGAAAUGGAAGGUUCUCUAGAGCUGCUAGAUCUCUGUAGCUCCAUGCAAGAUAUCUUCGUCGAGAUGAAGGCCAUCAUCCAAGAGCUGCAAGUGGCUCUAAGGAAAGGGGAUGAUGCAGCUGCUCAAGCCAGUAUCCAAUCUUACACCCGCUUGACGAAGAAGGCCAAGAAUCAUUUCAAGAAGAACACGAAGAAGACUCCUGCAGAUUCCAGGAUGUUCAUGCUAUUAACCAAGGGCAGAGAGAUCUCCGCCUCUCUGCUGGAGGCCACAAUCCAUCUCUUGUCAAAGCAAAUUGAGAUGCCUAAACAAUCUCUUGUUUUCAAGGCAUUUCACAAAAAGAAGGUACUUGUUUGCAAGGAGGAGCAAUUGACGGGGUUAGAGUGCAGUAUCGGAGAUCUUGAGAGCGGAGUAGGACAUCUGUUCAGGAAAUUAGUCCAGAGCAGAGUUUCUCUACUCAACAUCCUUAGCUCAUAGAUAGUCCCAAGUCACUCUUGACGA